UUUCGUUUAAAUACCCCUCCACAAUAAUUUAGAAAGUCCUCAGUUUCUCUCAAAGGCGAGAUCUUCUAGCUCUUAGCCCUUCAUUAGCCCGCCUUUCCUUCAAUGUCUGGUAUCUGGAAUAAUUUCGUUGGGCUCAUGCCGGAUAAAUCGAUCCUACAACAUUCCACCAAAUAUUUUUUCUUCCUCAGCUUGGUACUUUCCGCCUGGACUCACCCUAAAUAUUAUCACUCUAGACUUGCGCGCUGCCUUCGAGUUCCACUCUCACUCAUCUCAGCCACUUGGUGGCUAUGUUACCCUUUCUUAUUCCUCGUGGAACCUAGAGAGACCAAAGUGUCGGCCAACAUCGGAAAUUUUGCAUGGACUUACGUUAUGAUGACCAAAUGCCUCGAUUGGGGACUCUUCUCAGGACCGCAACAUCGGCGAAGAUAUGUUAGAAGUAGUGAUGAUUCAGCCGGGGCAUGGGAAGCUGCGGAGAAAAAUCUGAAAGAUCGACUUCCUCCUAGCUCACUGAUAGAUCAGGUUCUAUUGCAAUUGACAUCUAUGCGCGGAUCACAAUUUCCUUGGGGUCACUUCUCAAAGCUGAAUCACAACAGUUUGGGCUGCGACAUGUUGAAAUUUUUGAUUUGUCAUAUCUAUUCAUUGACAGUCUUGGCGGGAUUGCUUUACAUGGAGAAACUGUCAACCACUUCAACGAUUCAAUCUUUUGUUUUUUUGGGACGAAAUGUAUCCCUGCCCACCCUCGUAUUUAUGGCGCGAUUCAUGAGCACCCCGAUUCUACUUACGGGUCUUUGUGCUUCGUUCGAAGCUAUGAAUUCGGCCCUAGCGGUCCUCGCCCACCUCACACAUCCACUUCUUUGCCGACUUGGUUUCCCUGACGUGAUUUGCGAGUUCGCCGACCCGGUUUACUAUCCGCCGCUCUUCGAAAAUGUCUUUGCGUUCAAUUCGUUAUCAGAAUUUUGGGGAAAGACCUGGCAUCAACUUUUCCGUCGGUCGUUCGUCGUUCUGGGAGCAUUCCCACUGGGUGGUAUGACACGAGCUCUAGGAUUCAGCACUCAAGCCCAGAAGAUGGCGGGCUUUGUCGGCGCUUUCAUGGCUAGUGGUUUCAUGCACGCCUAUCCAUUCUUUCUAAUGGCAGAUCCCACCACCUCCCACGGGAAUGUUUCGCGACUAGAGAUAUUCUGCGUGUUCUUGUGCUUUGUAGUCCAAAGUUUAGGAGCUCUAAUUGAGCCGAUCUUGAUACCACUUAUACCCAAGCGUCUUGGCGGGGGAAGACUUUGGACAAUUUCCUUUCUCCUCCUGACUCUCCCACUGUUUUCUAUGGCAACCAACAAACCCGCAAGACUGUUCUCAAUUUUCAAGCCACUUGAUGAAUGGAGUAUCCACUAUCUCUUUCUUCCAGCAGUUCUUACCCCUAUCGUCCUCUGAAGUAGUCUUUUAUCCCAUUUUCCUCUGAAGUAGUUUCUCAUUCUUUUAUUUUGUGAAGAAGUCGAACCCGUUGUGAUUUAUUACCUUUUGAUAUAAUAUUAAGUUAAGUAUACCGUUAAAAACUUGAGACAUCUCAUUCCAAUUUUAACUAGCCUGUGGACUUGUUAGUUACCUAAAAAAUAGAAUCAUCCUGUGUUUUCCAAGGAUUACAAUCACAAAGGAACAAUUAUAAAG